ACAGACACAUUCCCUCUGCAAAGAAGGAGCCAAAGAAAGAACAUCUCUCUCCCCCUAGUUCUGCGAUUCGAUCCGAUAUAGGCAUGGAAGGAACGACGGAGGAACCAAUCGGCAGUGCCGCGACGGCGAUCGUUGAUCAGACGUACGAGUUCUUGGCGCCGCGAUGGUUCGAUUUCGUUAACGGCGAGACGGAGGGCGAGGCUCGCCGAGCUGAGCUCUGGUUUGCAUCGGCUCUGAGCUGCGCGCCUUCUCCAUCGGUUCCUAGAAUCAAAGCAAGGAGAUGUUUCAAGGUAGAGACCAUGUGUAACUUCAAUGAAGAAGAAGAAGAAGAUAAACGAAUAAAGGAUGAAGAGCCUUCAGAGCCAGUAGCUGCAACUAUUGCUUCACAACCGGAGAGUGAUAUUAUCUCUGAGGCUAAGAAAGAGGAAGGUGAUACUACUGAAGCAAGCACAAUUAAGCCAACUCACAGCCGUUCCAAGGACGCAGCAGAUGCAAGCAAUACCAGGGAGAAAACGCCUAAGCAGAUAGAAAACAAGGAGAACAUUCCUCCUUCUAGGACAGAAGCUUGCACACCCAAACCACCACUGCAGUCAUCUCAUGGAGGAAAGUCAAUGGAUCUUAAGAAGCAGCAAACUGCUAGAAAGAUAGCUAGUCUUUUGAGGAAUCCAUCUGCGCUUAGGCCGAAAAAUCAGCCACACUCGUCUUCUCAACUGAAAGGAACUAAUCAGAAAAGUGUGAAAAGGGAAACGAGUCCCAAGAACAUAGCUGGCACUACCAGUCUGAUUCAGGAUAACCAAGCCAUCAAAAAGCAAAAGCUAGAUGAUGGAAAAUCAAGACAGAUUCUAAAUCCAAAACCAACAACUCUGCUCCACAAGACAAGACAAGGUCUCGUUAACACCGGUUUCAACGUAUGCCCUUCGGUCACUAAGCAAACUCCCAAGGAGAACAGGAAGGUUUAUGUCCGUGAGCAAGUUGCACCUUUUAUGUCAACUGCUGAGUUGAUGAAAAAGUUCCAAACAAGCACGCGAGACUUGUCACUUCCUCAUGCCAACCCUUCUCUUCCACAAAACCGAACUAAGUUGACACUGACAAGACCAAAGGAGCCUGAAUUUGUGACAUCCCAACGAGCUCGUCCUGUAAGAGUGAAGAGCAGUGCAGAGCUUGAGGAAGAGAUGUUGGCAAAGAUUCCCAAGUUUAAAGCUCGACCUGUGAACAAGAAGAUUUUGGCAGCUCCAGCUUUGCCUGCGCCUCAAAGAAGCACACCACAACUGCCAGAAUUUCAGGAAUUUCAUCUUGAAACAAUGGCUAGGGCUAGCCAACAUGCAGAGACAUCUUCAAUUGCUUCAACCGAAGUGUCUAAGCAGCAUAAUGAUUGUAGGCCUCCUCACCUUACUGCACCAAAGAGCCCAGUGCUCCAAACGAUGCUAAGAGCUCGUCCUACUAAAGCAAAAACUACUGCGGAACUUGAGCAAGAGGAACUAGAGAAGGCACCAAAAUUCAAAGCAAAACCUUUAAACAAAAAGAUAUUUGAAAGUAAAGGAGAGAUGGGCAUCUUUUGCAACAUGAAGAAGCACAUAACCAUACCUCAAGAGUUCCACUUUGCGACAGAUGAGAGGAUAUCUCAGCCAUGUCCUGUCGUAGAUAUAUUCGACAAGCUCUCACUGACCUCUGACUCUUGCCAUGAAAAGCCUCUACCAAGGAAUACUGCUCCAAAUCCCUUCAACCUAAGGACAGAAGAACGAGGCGCUGAAAAGGAGAAAAAGUUUGUAAUGGAGAUCACUCAGAAGCUGAUAGGAGAUGAAAGGGCCAGAGUUCCAAAAGCAAACCCAUAUCCUUACACAACCGACUAUCCCGUGGUACCACAAAAACCAGAACCCAAGCAAUGCACAAAGCCAGAACCGUUCCAGUUAGAGAGUCUAGUGAGGCACGAAGAUGAAGUGCGUAGAGAAAGGGAAGAGAGGAUGAGAAUGGAGAGAGAAGAAGCGCAGAAGAGACUCUUCAAAGCACAACCAGUUAUAAAAGAGGACCCAAUCCCUGUUCCAGAGAAAGUACGAAAGCCUCUCACAGAGAUUCAGGAGUUCAACCUCCAUGUAGAGACUCGAGCUGUUGAGAGAGCAGACUUUGAUCAGAAAAUCAAAGAGAAGGAGAAUCAGUACAAGAGAUACCGUGAAGAGAGUGAAGCUGCGAAAAUGGUGGAGGAAGAGAGGUUUCUAAAGCAAAUGAGAAAGACGAUGGUUCCUCAUGCUAGACCUGUGCCUAAGUUCAACAAACCCUUCUUACCUCAGAAGUCCAGCAAGGAGAUAACGAAACCAAAAUCACCAAAUCUUAGAGUGAUCAAAAGAACCGAGAGAAGAACUAUGAUGGCUCCUCCAACUGUGUCUGCAGCUACCAGUGCUUCAGCUGGUCAGAUGAGAUAGUUUGCAUGCAGCAGACUUUUCCUGGAAGCAGCUGAAAUGUUCAUGAGUGCUUGAACCUACAUUCCCUUAGGACUUACUAAUAUAGUUGUAGUAUUACAUUCUCUUAUGUGCCCAAUGCCCUUAUUUAAAUGUAUUAAACUUGAAAUGAUUACAGUGAUGAUAUAAAAACUUGUUUCAUG